GUGAGGGCGGGACCGUGGCUGGAGGCUCUGCCGGGAGGGGGCGAGAGAGCAGCCACGAGCUGGCGCCGCCGGAGAAGAGAGAUUCACUGGAAAAAGAAUGAGAUAAACAUGGAAUCUUCUAAACUGGAUUAUAUUUCAUGGAUCGCAGUUAAAAGUAGAAAGAUGGAAGGAAGUCAGAGAAUAGAUGUAUAAUGCCUGUAUAAACUCUUGAUCUAAUACAACUCAUGAUUUGUAGUAAUACUCUGAUAUUCCCGAAAGAAGAAGUCAGUUACUGUGCAACAUCCUUAACAAGAACUUUUACUCUAGUAACAUAUUUUAACCUUAACUGGACAGCAUAUUUUUAAUAGCAUAUUUUUUCCUUUUUAUUUUUGUAAAGUCAGUUGAAGUGUAGCCACAUGAAAAUUUUUAGCUGAUGGACUGAUCCUUGUAGAUGACUGACACCUGGGAUAAGGGCUUAAACCCCUGAAUGGUUACUGGAACACCAUGACUUCAGAGCAGUUGUCUUAGGACCUUCUUUGCCUUGGAUCCAUCAUAUCCUUAAAUAUUCAAGUGUGAACAGUGCAAUAUAAAGUCUAGAAAAUAAUGGCAUGGGUGAAAUUUCUAAGAAAACCUGGGGGUAACCUUGGAAAAGUUUAUCAGCCUGGAAGUAUAUUGUCCCUGGCCCCUACGAAAGGCUUAUUAAAUGAACCAGGACAGAACAGCUGCUUUCUUAAUAGUGCUGUUCAGGUUUUAUGGCAACUUGACAUAUUUCGACGAAGUUUAAGAGGUUUAACUGGACACGUGUGCCAGGGAGAUGCGUGCAUAUUUUGUGCUUUGAAGGCAAUAUUUUCACAAUUUCAACACAGUCGAGAAAAAGCACUCCCAUCAGAUAACAUGAGACAUGCCCUGGCAGAAAGUUUUAAAGACGAACAGCGUUUCCAGCUUGGAUUCAUGGAUGAUGCAGCAGAAUGCUUUGAAAAUAUCCUUGAGAGGAUUCAUUUUCACCUAGUGCCAAACAGCGACACAGAUAUGUGCACUUCAAAAUCCUGCAUCUCUCAUCAAAAGUUUGCAAUGACACUGUAUGAACAGUGUGUAUGCCGUAGUUGUGGAGCAUCAUCAGACCCGUUGCCUUUUACGGAAUUUGUGCGUUAUAUUUCUACCACAGCUUUGUGUAAUGAGGUAGAAAGAAUGAUGGAAAGGCAUGAGCGUCUCAAGCCAGAAAUGUUUGCAGAACUGCUGCAGGCAGCAAAUACUGCUGAUGAUUACAGAAAGUGUCCUAGUAACUGUGGUCAAAAAAUAAAAAUUCGUCGUGUUCUUAUGAAUUGCCCUGAGAUUGUUACAAUUGGUUUAGUUUGGGACUCAGAACACUCUGAUCUGACAGAAGAUGUUAUGCGGAAUCUGGCAACACAACUUUAUCUUCCUGGGCUCUUCUAUAGGGUUACAGAUGAAAAUGCCAAAAACAGUGAACUUUUUCUUGUGGGAAUGAUUUGCUACACAAGCCGACAUUACUGUGCCUUUGCUUUUCAUACCAAGAGUUGCAAAUGGGUGCUGUUUGAUGAUGCUAAUGUGAAAGAGAUUGGAACAAAAUGGAAAGAUGUAGUCUCUCGGUGCAUUCGAUGUCACUUUCAGCCGUUGUUGCUAUUUUAUGCUAACCCAGAUGGCACAGCUGUAUCUCCAGAAGAUGCUCCAAAGCAGAUUAUUCACUGGUCUCAAAGCAAAGCAACAGGAGGAAAUGCAGGAUGUGAGAAGCAUUCUACUCCUAAAUCGGACUAUUCAAAAGAGAAUGGAAUUGGGGAUUCUGCUAUUCAAAGGGGUAAUAAAAAACUUCAGCCAGAUAGUUCAGCAUUCAGUAGAAGCCACGUUCAAGCUAGUGGUGGUAAAGGUCCAGCUAAGUUAGCUUAUGGUGAUCAAAAGGACAGGCUGAAGGACAUAUCCAGAGAGUGUGCUCAGAAGGCUACUGAUAUGAAAAACUUCUCAUCUCUACGAAAAGAUGCAGACAGGGGACCAAGAAGGGAAUCUGGGAGACAAAGAGAUUUAAUUGGGGAAGAUCGUUCCAAUUUUAAGUCAGGAUCUCCUCCAGUUGGAAAUGGACUUAGGCAAUGUAUGGAUCAGCGCAUAUACAGCAGCCAGGGAAGAGGGCCUUAUAAACAUGAGAGUGUACCUCCCCAAACAAAACUUCCUGUACAGGUGCUUGGAUCAAAUAAAACAGAAAAUCUUCCUGCUAGUGAGAAACCUGUGCUUAGGACCCGAGCUGAUGGAGUCACUGGCUAUGACACGGAUAGCAGUCAAGACUCUAGGGAUAAAGGAAGUAUCAUCAGUAGCAGAAGCAGAAGUAAAGGCUGGAAACCCAUGCGAGAGACACUAAAUGUGGACAGCAUUUUCAGCGAGGCUGAGAAGAAACAACAUAGCCCAAAGCACAAGGCAAAUCUGAACAGCAAAUCAAAGCAUGAAAAAGAGCGAAGCUUUAACCAUUGGCCAAAAGAGAAUCAAAUCCAAAAAGGUUUAAUGACUAUAUAUGAAGAUGAGACAAAACAAGAUACAGGAAGUAGAAGCUCUUUGGAUUCAGAGGGGAAAGGGAAUGCUGAAAAAAGCAAAGGAUUUGCAGAGAGAAAAAUCCAUGGUGAUAACUGGCAAAUUCAGAGGACAGAAUCUGGUUAUGAGAGCAGUGAUCAUAUCAGCAAUGGAUCAGCAAAUCCGGACUCGCCUGUCAUUGAAGGAAUCAAUCCAGCAGAUGGCAAAAAUAUUAAAGAAGGUGCUUCUGGCAGUGAGCAGAAUUUGUCAACACAAAAAGCUGAAAGUGUGUUACAUUCUGUACCUCAGCAGAACAGAAACUUCUAUGUUCCAGAGUCUAGGAAAGACCCUAUCAAUACAGAAGUUAACUACAGACCUCAUGUUAAUAUCCCAACAGAGUUGCAUUUGCAGGUGCCCAGUCCUCAAGUAAAGAGAGCUGAAAUGCCUGAGGUUAACAGGAAAUUUUUCCCAUCAUCAGCUCUACAGCCAGUCGUUAAAGAGAUUGUGAAGUCAGACAGUAGGAACAAGGCAAAUGAACAGAGUUCUUCAGAGUGGCUUAAUCCAGACAGAUUUGAGACAAUGAAUGUGUCAGCAUAUUGUGCUGAUGGUGUAUCUCACCCUUAUACAGAAAACAACUGUGGAAGGAAGCCCAUCAACAAUGACUUUCACCCUUCUUCCCAACCACAGCCUCAUCAUGCAAGAACAUUUGGUCCCAAAGUGGGGUUUUCACCUUUUGUGCCACAGAAUCCCUCAGAGAGGCCUGCUGUGUUGUCUCCUCCCUGUGAGCGUGCUGGACACCAGCUCCGACGGGUGGAUGCUCUUUGGGUGCCAGAAGCAGUUUACCAGAAUCUUCCUCCCCCUUUACCUCCAAAGAAAUAUGCUUUGAAUAUUUUGCCAGGACCAGAAACUAACUCAGUAGCUGAUGUAAAAUCAACAGAAGCGUUGCAGAAUAAUUUGUUAAGACAAACAGGUACACCUUUUAAGUCUGCAUCAGAAACAAAUGUAUUUGCAAGUGAACAAAGGCUUAAAGAGCCAUUUCAAGGGAAUGAGUUGUUUGUUCAUAAACCAGAUUCUCCACCUAGCUUACCAGUUAAUGACUUUUGGUUGAUGUCUGAGAACUUCUUAAAGAAAGGAUCUCAUCAUACAGGACCAAGUGCUGGCUAUGUGGAUGGAAAUGAUAGUGUAUCGCUUACAACUUAUUUUUCAGUAGACAGUUGUAUGACUGACACGUACAGGAUGAAAUAUCAUCAGAGACCCAAGCUUUAUUUUACAGAUAGUGGAAGCUUUCACAAAGAAAAGCAUCUAACACCAACUGGAGUAGAACUGAAUGCUACAUACCAUACUACUCUUGAGCCCAGGCAUCCCACAUCUGAGCAAAGGUAUAAAGCAAAUGUAGAAGGCUUACACUGCAGUAGAUAGAUGAAAAAUACAUCUGGAUCUGACUGUUGCAUUUCAUGUAGUCUGUAAGUGGGCACAGGACUUGAAUCUGUGUGUGGUAGGUUGGUAUCCAGUCGGCUGUAUUUUGCUCGGGAGUUUAAAUGAAUAUGCAAACAUAGGUGAACAGAGGAAAAGAGGUGCUAAACUUCUAGGUCUUUGAUUUAUUACUCCUAGUUGCCUUAAUGCCUACCUCUGUUACUUGGCUUGUCUUCUAUAAUUUAUGUUAAAAAGGGUCCCUUUAAGUGUAUGCAUUUUACAGCAGUGGGAUCAACUAGAUGUUACUAAUUGAAUUUUUUUUUUUAGAGACUUAAAUAGCUGCAGUAUAAGAAGUGUUCCUUCAGACUUCAGUCACUACAUACUUAGGCUAACAAAAGGAAUAAAUAUAUUACCAGUAAAUAUUACACAGUGGGAAUAACAGAGCAGUAUUUUUCCCUGACAGGCAGCAGGAGAUUGUUUUGACUGAUGUUGCUGAGAGUCUGUGCUUUCACAAACCUUUAAGUGUCUUUAAUACAGGUUUAUCCAGAGAUUUUUCUAGCUUGCUAUUUAAAAGCCUUAAUAAUAAUUCUUUAAAACUGUUUUGUUUGUAAGUGAUAGGUAAGAUUUUUUUUUUUUUUAAAGGGAAUUCAAGUAGAAUCAUAAAUUCAUGCAAUCGUUAGAGUUGGAAAGGACCUUAAAAGUCAUGAUUCAACUCUAACUAGGGAACCUACAGCUACAUCAGGUUGCUCAGAGCCCAGUCCAGCCAGAUCUUUAGAAUGCCCCAAGAAUGGGGCAUGUACCACAUCUCUUGGCAACAUUCCAGUACUUCACUAACCUUUAUGGUAAAGGUAAAAAAAAAAAAAACACCAAAAACAAAUGCUUAUAUUCAAUCUGAAUUUCCCCUCUUUCUGGUUUUUGAAACCAUUUUCCCUUGUUCUGUCACACAGACCACACUAAACAGUGUGUUCCAUUCUGUCUUAUAAGCCCCCCCCGUAUUGCUUCCAGAGUGCCCUUUCCAUCUCAGUCAGUCUGAGAUCUGUGGAUUCUGUGCUUUCUGCCCGUGCUCCCUGGUUGUGCGUUAGUUGUGCACUCAGCAUCCUGUGCCCGUGUUCUUCCAUGGAGUUCUGCAUAGACACUCACAGAUGGAGCAUUUGUUCAUAGAAUCAGUUCGUUGACAUCUGUACACAGGGGCUUGCAGAAGUGAUGAAGUCUCUCCACGCUUGUGAGCGAUCACUGCCUCCAUGUUAACAGUGCUUUCUUGCAAGCCUCCACUCAGUGUCAUCUUAAGUUGUAUGGAGUCACGUUCCCAAAAAUGAGGUUUGUCAGCAGAGAAAAUGUACAGGAGCAAUACCCACAGUCUGUUGAGUAGUGUUUGCUGCUUGUCUGGUACGCUCUGUCCUGGGACAGGCAGGUUCUCCACCUUGCCUUUAGCAAGCACAUCAAGGCACAUUAGUGGUGUCUCUUGCUGUGUCCCUGCAUAACCACAGCUGAGAGGGGUAAUGUCAGGUCCUGUGCAGAAUGUGCCAGUUUAUGGGAUGGGAAGGCAGGGUGAAAAUUUAUGGCUACAUCACUGUCUUCUGUGCUGCGGGGGCUGUCCCAAUGAAGAUAUUGCUUCUCUUUGCGGAAAGUUGCAGCACAGGGCCUUCCCUCUCCUUUCUGUCUCUGCAUUCUGUCUGCCCUCUUCUUCCUUCUAGUAGCAGAUCAUCAUCUGCCACCAGCUGCGAGUCCCAUCAGUGCAGUUUUGUGUGAGAAGACGACUUUCUGUGUCAGUGGAGACCUCUUUUGGGGUCAGCCUUCUUGUAAGGUUAUCUCACAGCUCCGUGAAUUUAAGCAACACCUGGUUGUGGGUAGCUUGCUGGAAGAUGUUGAGCAGACCAGCUGUUCAGAAGGCCAAGAUAAGACCCGUGUCCUCAGGCACCCUGUGGUGGCCUAAGGAAGCAGUUGAGGCAUUUCUUUAGGAAGCAGCAAAGGUGCUGCAGUAGAUCGUUGUGCCACAUUGUCAAUCCCUUAUGUGUCAGGCUUGAUGGGAGCUGUGGUUGUCAGGUGGCAAAUCACAACUGUGAACUAUGGCUUCAGGCUGUGCCAGGGGAGAUUUAGGCUGGAUGUUAGGAAAUACUGCUUUUCUGAUAGAGCGGUCAGGCAGUGGAA